AGCUCUCAUAUUCAGACAGGACAACAGACAUAAGCUUCAUAACUGUAACUCCUACUUUAAUUCCUUUAGGUGUGUCAAGCUCGAUUUCCAGACACCAGAUGACUACACACAGACUGGAAAGGCAAAUAAGUUUCAAGAUGUUGAUCAACUCUCUCUGACAAAGAUCUGACCCCAAAUCCACAUAUCCAAAAGUGAAGCAUGGAGGUGGUGUCUGUGGAGCACGAGUACGAGUACACCACCAAACACGGCCGCCGCAUCGCCAUCAAACCCAACGAGAGCUUCCUCCUCAUCGCCAAGACGAACGAACACUGGUGGCACGUGCGCAAAGACCUGGACUCCAAACCCUUUUAUGUCCCUGCGAAAUACAUGAAGAAUCCCCAACUGGACAAGGAAAAUGCAAAAGAUACAAGUUUUCCCAACAACACAGAAAACAAAUCUGAAAAAUGUGCUUUGAAAGAUAAAAAUACGUUGGCGCCAAGGAGAAAUUCAUUUGGGCAAAAAUAUAGGUUUUCGACUUUUGGAUUAUGUGUCCCAGAUGAUGAUCCGUUAGAACAAGUCCCUCCAGUUGAUAGCAGUACUUUAGCUCAUAACGUGAAUGAUUCCACUUCAAAUUCAGAUGUUAGUAACUUUUGCGUAUAUGCUAAACCUCAGCCUAAACCUGAGCCACAUAAACAGUCAAAAAGCACUGUAGAAGAAGAAGUGAAACUGCAACCGAGGAGUUUCCAACACAAGGUUAAUAUAACAAUAACAGAAGACGACAGUUUUGAAUUCCCUGAUCCCCCAACACCAAUUUUUUUUCCUGAAGAUGGAUUACCGGAUUUUAACCAGGAAUCUGAGACUAAAUCUGGAUCAAACGAAGCACAAACUGAUGGAAUUACAAAGAAAAAAGAAGCUGAAAAGAAGAGUGAAACAACAGCUGGUCCUGCAUCUCCACCGCUCAGGGAAAAGGUGGACAAUGACCAUUCAGCUGUUUACGUCAACGUAGCCCAGAUCCGAAAGAGCAUCUCCGGCUCCCUUUCUCCUGCCCCUCCCUCCUUCUCUCCGUCCUCUCCGUCCUUUCUUGACCCUGAGGGAUGGGAGGUCCACUUUGACCAGGACAGCGGCCAGGACUACUACCAUCACCCUGCCACGGGACGCACCACCUGGGACAACCCCUUCACAGACUCCUCCCCCUCUGAACUUAAGCCCCACCCCUACUCUCCAUCACCUACGCAGUCGCCGCCAAUUUCCCCGCCCACGCCCUCUUCUGACUGGGAAGAGCUAGUGGAUGAGAGAAGUGGUCAGACCUACUUUUACAACCCGAUGUCUGGGGAAACGUCCUGGGACCCGCCGAUGAUGGAGCCUAUGAGCGUGCACCGAUUUCACGAGGACGGCCCGCCGCCUCUUCCUGAAGAGGACUACCCCCUGGAGGACUACUCCCCUGUAGACCCACCCGAGCAGUACGACGACUGUGUGGCCGCCGGAGCCUCCCCAACGCUCCCCCAAGAGUUCAGCUUCAGUCACGUGACUCGCACUUUCAUCCCACGCGCCUCUCUGGACCGGAGCACCCCCUCCGGCUGGAACCUCACCGUGGAGCCCAACGGGACCUGGGUCUUCACCAGCGAGCACACACCAGAUCAAUGGAUCAAGUCAGUGGAUGAACAGGGCCAGACCUACUAUUACCUAAGAGACGGCUCCAAAUCGCAGUGGACGCUUCCAGAGGCACCGCUCCCUCCUGGACAUUCCCGGGUGCAGAACGGAGGACUCGAACCCGAAAACCCAAAUGUGAUUAAAAACUGGAGACACAGCAUGGGCCCUGCUAAUCUGAGCCCAGGCUUGGACGAUGGGAGGUUCGUUCCCACUCACAGAAGAACCACGUCUGACUACAGCAGUGACUCCUCCAGCACCGGAAACUCCCCAGAAAUUCAGCACAACGUGCAGAAUUUGGAAAAAGCUGGAAUUCUCAACAAAACUAAAAUAUGUGAAAAUGGCAAGAAAGUGAGGAAAAACUGGGCACAAACUUGGACGGUUCUGCAACAUGGAAUUCUGACCUUUCACAAAGACCCAAAGUCGGCACCAACAGGAGCCUCGAACAAGACCAAUCAGAUUGUGCCUGAGAUUCAAGUGGAUUUGAGAGGGGCCACCAUCAACUGGGCAUCCAAGGACAAGUCCAGCAAGAAGAAUGUCUUAGAGUUGAAAAGUAAGAACGGUGUGGAGUUUCUGAUACAGUAUGAUACAGAGAGCAUCAUUAACGACUGGCACAAAGCCCUGGGAGACACAAUACGACAACUGGAAUACCAGGAGCAUCACUCGGAAGAGGAGGACAACGACCUCUAUGAGAAAAUCCCCAAUCUUCCCCCCAACGAGCGGGACGACAAACAAGGCAUACAGGAAAAGAGGAGAAGCUCCAGGCCCAGCGUCACUCAUUCGUCCAGUAACGGGGCAGAGGCGGACCAGAAGCGAGUCCGCACCAAGCUCAUGAAGUUCCUGCUCAAACGUCCCACUCUGCAGUCGGUCAAAGAGAAAGGCUACAUCAGAGACAACGUGUUCGGAUGCCAUCUGGCCACACUGUGCAGUCUGGAGAAGAGCUCAGUGCCCAGUUUUGUGGAGAAAUGCAUCAGAGCUGUGGAGAGGAGAGGUCUUGAAAUUGACGGCCUCUACAGAGUCAGUGGAAACCUUGCUGUUAUUCAGAAACUGCGCUUCAAAGCUGAUCAUGAGGAGUUGGACCUGGAGGACGGGCAGUGGGAGGACGUGCACGUGAUCACAGGAGCGCUCAAGCUGUUUUUCAGAGAGCUGCCUGAGCCACUUUUCCCUUUCAGUCACUUUAACAAAUUUAUAGAAGCUAUCAGACAACCCGACUAUAAUGCAAAGUUGUCUUACAUUUGUAAUCUGGUCAAGUCUCUGCCUCAACCAAACCACGACACCAUGAAGCUCUUGUUUGAACAUUUACGCAAUGUUAUUGACUACGGAGAGGACAAUCGAAUGACAGUGCAGAACGUGGCUAUAGUGUUCGGACCAACGCUGCUGAGACCAGAGAACGAAUCCAACAACCUCACGAUGCACAUGGUCUUUCAAAACCAGAUCGUAGAGUUUAUUUUGAACGAAUACGACCGAAUUUUCCACUGAAACUGAAAUCUGAAUGAGAAGAACGACAUAUACAAGCAUGUGAAGGAUUACUCAAUGAAUCCACUAGUUGAUAAAGUUACUGUGCAAGAAAACAGUAUUGUGCUUGAAAUCAAACCACACUUUUGGUUUAAGGAUUUUGCAGUUUGAGAUUGUAGCUUUCUAAUUCUCACAAGUCACUUUCAGCUGAAUUUAACUUUUUAUGCUAAAAAUAGUUGUGGUACAAUCCAAUACAGAUCAGCGCAUUAAGUUUUUUAUAAAAUCAAUUUCUAUAUUUUAGGUUAACUAUUUCUGCUUCACAGUGAGGUUUACUGUAUAUUUUCAAUAACUGAGAUUUUUGCCUCUUGCCUACUUAAACUGUUGUAAUAUAGGAAUGUAAAAAGAGAUAUUAUUAACUUGUAAUAUAGACAUCAUAUCCUGCAACGUAUAGAUUUAUUUACAAAUAUGUACACAAGGAUCUACAGUCAUGUUGCACUGUACAAUAACAUAGAUGAUUAUGAAUUAACUUAGGUUAUAUUUUGGUCAUGAAGUCAAAACAUAAAUAAUAUGAAUUUGUGUAAAUAGAUAUAGAAAAGGCAUAUAUAUUUAUGCUGUUGAAAUGCAAGUGUCAUUCAAAUAAUAAAGUAACUUUGUUUAAUAAA